AUGACCCGGAUUCACACCAAAUAUCCGCACCUUUCCUAUCACUGGUUCGUACCCUAUGAUCGACUAAUUUUACACAACUUUAUCAAACUUUUCCCACAGUUUCGCUACUCAUCGGGUUUCGACAAACUGCUAAUAUCUAUAGGACUGGUAUUUUCCAUAGCCAUCGGCGCCGGUACGCCAGCCAUCAUGAUAUUCUAUGGCAAACUAACCGACACUUUCGUGGAGUACGCCAUAUAUGACCGGUUGUCCCAAUGGCCGGACGCCGACCAAUACUAUCGACACUUUCUCGCCAACAUAACCGACAAACAGGAGUUUUUGGACAAAAUCAUGACUGACUUCUCGCACCUACACCUCGACACCAUUCAGAUUAGACUCCAUUUGGAUAACCAGACGUUCGCCGAUCGGCUCAACGAAACGGUGUUUCAACACAAGCGGUCGUUCGCCGACAGGUUUACCGACGAAUCGGAUUACUGGAGUUUCCUGAUGUUAGGGGUGAGCGCGGCGUUCCUGGUGUGCGGCUACGUAUUGGUGGCCACGUUUAGCACCGCCGCCCGAAAUCAGACUCAUCGGAUCCGUGUCCUCUUCUUCGAGGCCGUACUUCGUCAGGACAUCACGUGGUUUGACACGAAAGCGUCGGACGACUUCGCCUCCAAAGUCACGGCCGAUUUGGAUCUCAUUCAACAGGGAAUUGGCGAUAAAGUGGCGCUCUGUGUGUUCUCAUUCUCGACGGUACUGUUCUCAUUGGGAACGGCAUUCUACUACGGCUGGGAACUCACUCUAAUCAUACUGUCCAUCUCACCCAUACUUGUCAUCUCAUUCAGUGUCGUCACCAAAAUCCAGGCCCGGUAUGCCAUCACAGAAGCCAUUUCCUACGGGAAAGCCGGCGCUGUGGCCGAGGAGGUGUUGGGCGCCAUUCGCACCGUCUAUGCCUUCGACGGCCAACAAAAGGAGAUCCAGAGGUACGACCGGAACUUAGGACCGGCUAAGAAGGCCGGCGUUAAACGCACGGUAAUCACCGCUAUCGGUGGCGGUAUGAUAUGGCUGUGCGUAUACGGCAGCUAUGGGCUGGCAUUUUGGUACGGCGUGCGGCUCAUCGUACGGUCCAUACAGGACAACAACCAGCAGUAUGAGGCCAGCACUUUGCUCAUCAUAUUCAUGACGGUGCUGAUGGCCAACAUAAACCUGGGUCAGGCGCAGCCCUACUUCGAGGCCUUCGCACAGGCAAGGGGUGCGGCAGCUCUCAUCUUUGAGGUAAUUGAGCGCAAACCACAUAUCGACAGUUCCUCAGAGACUGGCGAUAAGAUCGUAGGCUUGGAGGGAAGGGUAGAGUUUUGUGACGCGCACUUCGCAUACCCGGCCCGCCCGGCGGUGCCCGUACUGAACGGCCUGACUAUGGCGGUAGAGCCGGGCCAGACGGUGGCGCUGGUAGGUGCGAGCGGGUGCGGCAAAAGUACGGUCAUUCAGUUGGUGCAACGCUUUUACGACGUGAGCUCCGGUCAGGUGCUGAUCGACGGCCGGGACAUACGCGACCUGAACGUGGGUUGGCUCCGGGAUCGCAUCGGAGUGGUCGGUCAGGAGCCGGUGCUUUUCGGCUGCUCCAUAGCCGACAACAUUAAGCUCGGCUACAGUGCCGCCACUCAGGCGGACGUGGAGUCGGCGUCAGUGGACGCCAACGCCUACGACUUCAUCCGACGACUGCCCCAUCAGUUCGCGACAAUUGUGGGCGAAAGGGGCGGGCAGUUGUCGGGGGGCCAGAAGCAGCGCAUAGCCAUCGCCAGGGCUUUGGUACGGCGACCGAAGAUACUGCUUCUGGACGAGUCUACCAGCGCUCUCGACACCCAGAGUGAGGCCGUAGUGCAGGCGGCUCUGGACAGGGCC